AUGGCGUAUAGCUUCUCCUUCAAACCUGCCUUUGCUCUCAUCACACUCGCUUCCUACAUCACUCCAGAAGUCUGGACUAAAUCAAUCUUUCCCCGGCUUUUAGGUGACAGUAUUAUCGACCCUAUCGCUCCUCGCAACCUCAAGACUGAAGAUCUUGACGACAUGAGAGUCCAAGGCCAGCACAUCUCCGAUCGUUUAACUGUUGAAGUGGAUUGUCACUCCAUGGGCCCAAAUGAUUGCCCCUCGAUGACCUCGAGCUUUUCUCCUCUGGAAUCUCCGACCCCGACCCCGACCAGUCUUUACAGUCAUCAAUCCAUGGCCUCACCCACUUGGCACGAGGCAAGUCACUAUAACAGCCUGCCCAUGGAACGUCGGACAUCGGCCACUCCUCUGCGCAGUGCUUUCAGAAUGGCCGAUUUGACCUCCGGUGAGAUGGGCAUGCCAUGUGGACCAAUGGAUCGUCCGGAUCAACUCCCAAUUGCCGACUACUUCCCAGGCUACGACGAGAACGUCGAACAAUUUCUCAUCCCGGACAAUAUGCCCAAGACUUUUGAGCAACCCACUUUCCCUUACCAUGCGCCAAUGCCGCAGUAUAACACCAUGGGCCGCAACUACCACUAUCGCCCGCAGCAGACCAAUUUCUUGCCCGAGUCUGCAUCCAACCCCUGUCUGUCCCGUCCCAUCUUCAACCAGCCCGAGGGAAUGCCAAACUCCGCUUCCAUGUCCAACAUGCUCCACUGGAUGCCAUCCAAUGAGUCUCUAGCUGCACAAACAAUCGCGCCUCGUCAGGCUUUCCCUCAUCACCAAGGCCCUGCAACGCCGCCCCCAUCCACCUACUCUGAAUUUCCUACCAACCUGCACAGUUACAAGCCCCACACCCCUUCCACUCCCGUUCGUUCUUACUCUGGAACACCUGGAUCCGACACCCCCAUGAGCCGACUGUCAGGUCACAAUGACUACCAAGAUGACUUCCCUGUCUCUCCUGGCUACCGGGAUGGAUUGAUGCGCAGCCACACUCAUCGCCAGCCUUCCCGCAAAUCCUCGAAAAAGCAAUUGACCCGUUCCAACCUGAGUUUGGAGAACCUCCCUCCUAUCAUUAAGCAGGUUCAGUUCAAGUGCAAGGAACCGGGUUGCAAGGGCCGAUUCAAGCGCCAGGAGCACCUCAAGCGCCACAUGAAGAGUCACUCCAAGGAGAAGCCCCACGUUUGCUGGGUUCCGGGCUGUCACCGGGCCUUCUCUCGCAGUGAUAACCUGAAUGCUCACUACACAAAAACACACAGCAAGCGUGGUGGACGUAAUCGCUACGUGGCCACCCUUGAUGAUCAAAGUGCUGAUUUCAAUCCUGAAUUCCGAGGCCAGCUCACACCUGAUGGUCGACCUAUCUACGGAUCUAAGUUGGAGGAUCCGAUCAUGGAUUGUGGUGACAUCAGUGUUGAUGGGUGGGACGACUAA